ACUCCAAGGCCUCAACAUCUGUCUGGAUUGGAGAUGGUUCGAAGUCUAUGUGAGGGGAAGCUGGAAGGUGGAGAAAUUGGCUCAACAGAAAUAACCUUCACGCCUGGGAAGAUCAAAGGUGGAACCCACAUAGCAGAUACAAAAACAGCAGGGAGUGUGUGUCUACUGAUGCAGGUAGCAAUGCCCUGUGUGCUGUUUGCUGCUUCUCCAUCAGAACUUCAUUUAAAAGGUGGGACUAAUGCUGAGAUGGCUCCUCAGAUAGACUACACAGUCAUGGUUUUCAAGCCAGUAGUUGAAAAGUUCAAUUUUACAUUUAAUUGUGACAUAAAAAAGAGGGGCUACUAUCCUCAGGGAGGUGGUGAAGUUGUAGUCCAGAUGUCACCAGUCAAAGAGCUGAGCCCAAUAAACUUAACAGAUCGUGGCACAGUGACAAAGAUAUAUGGAAGAGCAUUUGUUGCUGGAGCACUGCCUAUAAAACUGGCAAAAGAAAUGUCAGCAGCAGCAGUGAGAUGCAUCAGGAAGGAGAUCAGAGAUCUUUACAUCAACAUUCAGCCUGUUCGAGAACCUGAUGAUCAAGCCUUUGGGACUGGAAGUGGAAUAAUUGUUGUUGCAGAGACUUCAACAGGUUGUUUGUUAGCUGGGUCAUCACUUGGCAAGAGAGGAAAGAAUGCAGACAAGGUUGGCAUUGAAGCAGCUGAGAUGCUGCUCAGAAACCUUAAACAUGGUGGAACUGUUGAUGAUUCUCUGCAAGACCAAUUGAUCAUUUUCAUGGCACUUGCAAAGGGAGUGUCUAGAGUGAAGAGUGGACCAAUUACACUUCAUACUCAAACAGCUAUACACUUUGCAGAACAGCUAACAAAGGCCAAAUUUACGGUGACAAAAUUGGAAGAGGAAGAUCCCACUAAAGAUACCUACAUCAUUGAGUGCCAAGGAAUGGGGAUGAUAAACCCAAACUUAUAGGGUUUAAAAAAACCCAAAAGAACAAGCAGCAAGCUGACAAAAGCAAAACUCAACAUACCUCAGUGAUGUAUUGCACUACAUUUCAACAGAUGUAUAAAACGCAUGUGAACAGGAGGAGCCUUCUCUCACAUCUGAGUGAUUGAACUUCAAGGGUGAU